UUUUAAUAAUCUAUCCUAGAAACAUUAUAUUGAUCUGAACAAUUUUGGCACAAUUUAUUUCUCUCUACUGAACGAUCGCUAAUAAAUGAUUAAUAUUUCAUUCGAUUUGAACGUGUUUUGUCGAAAAUCUGUUUUAACUGCUAGAUAGAAACGUUCUAUAAGACGAAAUAAUGAUAAAAUAGUUUGAAUUAUCGAUUAAAAAUUUCUAACGAAAUAAAUUUAAUCGAUCCUUAUAAAAAUGUUUUGAAAAUAAAUUUAUUUGAAUAGGAUAUUUAUCGAUAUGGUUAAACAAAGAAAUUCGAAAAUAAAAAAUGAAAAUAUUUUUUUUUUUAAUAUUUAUUAAUAUAGAAGUGAUGAUGUACCUGGUUAAUACAAUCGAGUUCCUUAUAUUCCAGAUUCUUGUAAAGUAUUGUCUGAUCUUUGGAAAAUAAAUAAAGAUUUUGUAAGUUAAAUAAAAGUAUUGAUAAGGAUGUAUCAAAAUCAUUGAAAGAAUUUCUUUUGAUUGAUGUUGCACGUUGUUAUCGUUCUCCAUAUAGAACAAAUGGUACUUUAUCGAUUUUAAAUCAAACAGUUGAUGAUUUAAUUCAAAUACAUGAUUUUAUUGAUUCAAAAAGAAAAGAAUGGGUUAAACAAUUUAAAAAGAUUAUCGAACAAGCUACAGAUAAACAAUCAACUAUUCGUCAAACAAUGACUGAACUAAGAGAUAGUUAUGAAAAAGCUCAACGAAAAUUAGAAACAGCUGAUGCCAAUUUAAAAAAAAAUGUUUAA